AUGCCAAGUAACUUGUUGGUCCUUUAUAUUAUCAUUAGAAAUGCUCGCUUGCGAACACGAACCAAUUUUUUCUUAGCAAACCUUGCUGUUGCUGAUUUCUGUGUCGGUGUAUUUUGUGUCUUCCCAAAUUUAUCAAUGUAUAUUUCGCCAAUCUGGCAUUUUGGAAGGGUGAUGUGCAAAAUCUAUUACUUCGCCCAUUAUAUGAGUCUCACCGUACCCGUGUUACUGUUGACCGUUAUUUCAAUGGAACGUUACGUGGCCAUCUUGCAUCCUCUGAAAGCCAAGCAGCUGUUCACUUUUAGACGAUUUCGUAUUGUUCAAAUACUAAUUUGGUUGCUGAUGGUCGCUUACAACUCUCCUCAGCUGAUUGAUUAUGACACCUUCACAAUAGGCAGCUACACGUAUUGCUACAUGAGAUCAGAAAGAAUUCAAACCAACGUGUAUGUAUUAGCCAAUCUGAUUAUUUGGUAUGUCAUUCCACUGGUAGUGCUAACGUUUAUGUAUAUAAAAAUAGCAGCAGCACUUUGGCGUAGCAGUAGCAGCAGCCUAAACGUAGCAUUGAACACAAAAUCGGGCAGUAGUAUUAAAUACAACACGAAUAUUAGCACGAGUGAUCCAGGCAAUAUGAUACACUACACUUCUACAACAACUACGUUGGUGCUGAAGGAGAAUUCGAUAAAAGAAAUGGACGCAGAAGUGAUACAGUUAAAUCGUAAUGUAAAAGAUAUGAUGAAACAUCACAGCUUUCGUCAAAGCAGUUUACCUAUAUCAGAAGCUCAGACGGAGCAAGAAUCCAUAUCUGAUUAUGAAUCACAAAUCGAAAAUGAAAGAAAUAUGAUUUACACCAGAACACCACAAAGUUUCACUGAAAGAUCGAAACAAAGCAAGACGACUAUUCACAAAAAUAGAAACAAUAGUCAAAAUUUUUCAUUUAAGAAAUCAUCUUCUACGUGUUCUAACACAAGUCAGUGUGAUUCUCCGUAUUCGGAAAGAGACGUUCAAAUCCAUUAUCCAAGAAUCAGUACACACAAAGUUAUUGAAGCUCGUAAAAAAGUCAUCAUACUUUUAAUUAUGAUCAUUUGUUCAUUUGCAGUUCUGGCUUUACCUUAUCAUAUUCGAUCCUGUCUCUACUUGUGGAUUGACACGACUUCACUGGGCAGUCUUCUUUCUCCAAUUUGUUACUUGCUGUACUACGCUAACAGCGGCUUAAACCCGCUCCUUUACGCUUUGCUUUCCGAAAACUUCCGAAGGAGUUUCAGAGACUCUUUUAGUUGUAGAAGAAAAAGAUAAAUAUUUCUCUCUUUCCCUUUCCUAUUGUACCUAUUACUUUAAUUAAUCUAUGCCAAAUUUUAAGAAACGCUAACAUGAAAAACUGAAAAUGUAUCAUUUCUAUAUCUGAAAAUUAUAAUUUACACAAGUGCAUAUAUGUAUGUGUGUGGUGUAUAUUGAAAUUUUGGGGUUUAUUUUGUCUGUUCUAAGUGAAUAUACUAUUUUCAAAAUCUCUUUAUGAAAUAUUUAACUUUAUAUUUUCAUCCAUCUGUUCGAUUUUCGCUUGCACAUCGAGUAACACAUUAGAUCUAUUGUUUCUUCGCGUCUGCUUUUAUUACUUGCAAAUUCCGUUUUUUUUUUUUUCAACUUCGAAAAUAACAGACCAUUGUUUACCUACUGUGUCUAGAAUUUCGACAUUUUCUUUUUGUCCUUUGCAUUUAUUCAUUUUUGAAGCAGAAUCAAAUUUAUAAGGGGAUAAUUAGAGUGUUUCCUGUAAUAGGUGUUGUGGCCGAAGUCUUUUCAGGGAAACAACAUUUGGAUAGGGUUAAAAGGAAAUAAAGUGUGCCACAAGGAAUUGUGACUAAUGAUAUUUUGUAGGAACACUUAAUUAUUGAUUUCACAUUUUAAUGUGGUAUUGGGGUUGUUAAACAGUUAUUGGCGGGAUCACUGUUAUUAUCAUUACUCUGUGCUUAUUUUCUUUUGCAGGUGAUGUGCAAAAUCUAUUACUUCGUCCAUUAUAUGAGUCUCACCGUACCCGUUUUACUGUUGACCGUUAUUUGAAUGGAACAUUUG